UUGUUCUCCUUUCCGUCUCACAGCAGCUGAGAGCAGCAGCAGGAUGCUCGGGUGGAGCACCGAGCCUUUUCCGGCGGUGAGUUGAGCUGAGCAGCGUGGAGCUACCUGGUGGAGGCUAGCACCUUGCUAAUCCAGGACCAGGAGGAAGAGAGAACGGGAGCCCUUUUUGAUGACAAGAAGGUAGGCGCCGGGCGUGUGAUUAACAGUCCUGAAGGGAGAGAGUUACCUGCGUCUGCAUGGAAGAGGGAGGAGACCCGCAGCCGCAGCUUCCGAGCAUCUCCGUGGCACGCACCACGUCCGAAGGCGCGGGGGCCGCCGUCGACUUGGAUCUCCUUGAGCAGCUACUGUCCGGCGACAACGGCUGGCUCGAGGUGGUCUCGCGCUCGCCCAAUUCGGUAGCGUUUUCUCCACCCUCGGCCUUCUUCUCGGCUGACGCGACAGCCACCACAGUGACGACGACCACGGCGGCGCCGACCGCGAACGCCAGCUGGUGGAUUCAGACGGGCGGCGCAAGCCCCUCCUCCGUGCGGGAGCGGUUCAGCCAGGCCCUGUCCUACAUCCGGGACACGCAGAGCGACGGCGACGUCCUCGUGCAGCUCUGGGUGCCGGUCAACCGCGACGACGGGAAGCUGGUGCUCACCACCAGCGGUCAGCCGUUCACGCUCGACCACCGCUCCGACAGCCUCAUCCGGUUCAGGGAUGUGUCCACCAAGUACCAGUUCUCGGCCGACGUCAAUUCAGGGGACACGCCAGGGCUGCCAGGGAGGGUCUUCAUCGGCAGGCUCCCCGAGUGGUCGCCGGACAUCAGGUACUUCACCAGCUACGAGUAUCCCAGGGUAAGGGAUGCACAGUACCUCGAUGUCCACGGCACCAUGGGGCUGCCAGUGUUCGAGAAAGGAAGCUACAAUUGCCUGGGCGUCAUCGAGCUGAUCAUGACAAGGCAGAAGCUCAACUUCACCUCUGAGCUCAACACCAUCUGCAGUGCUCUCCAGGCAGUUAAUCUCAGAAGUACAGAAGUUUCGAGCAUUCCACGCAUAAAGUUCAGCACUGCUUCCUACAAAGAUGCUUUGCCAGAGAUACUGGAGGUCCUGAGAGCAGCCUGCCUGACCCACAAGCUGCCAUUAGCUCAGACAUGGGUCACAUGCGCUCAACAAGGGAAAAGAGGCAGCCGACAUUCUGACGAGAACUACAGGUACUGCAUUUCCACCAUUGACGAAGCAUGCUUUGUGAAUGAAGCCGAGAUGCGGGGCUUCCAUGAGGCCUGCUCAGAGCACCACCUGCUGCGUGGGGAGGGGGUGGCAGGGAAGGCCUUCACAACAAACCAGCCAUGCUUCUUGCCGGACAUUGGAUCCUCAACCAAAUUGGAAUACCCCUUGUCUCACCAUGCUAAGAUCUUCAAGUUAAAAGGUGCAGUGGCAAUCCGACUGCGGUGCACACGCACUGGGACAGCAGACUUCGUGCUGGAAUUCUUUCUGCCAACAGAUUGUGAAGCACUGGAGGAGCAGAAGACAGUGCUGGACUCCUUGUCAAGCACCAUGCGUGGUGUUUGCCAGACCCUACGUGUGGUCACAGAUAGAGAGAUGGAAGACGAAGCGGUGCUGGAAAUGAACGAGUUGAACUCAUUUACUCCUCAGGGGAAGGACAAAGUUGAGGAGUUGUCCUUUGGAGGCAAAUCAGCAGAUCGUAGAGGAGAGGCCUCUUGGACAAGUCUGGCAGGAACUUCACAGCAAGAAUCCGAGCUAGCUGCAUUGCGGAUGCAUGGAAUGUUCUCACCUGGGGGGCAGGGUCCAUCUCUAUCUGGUGUUCAGGCAACUGCUGAAGGCAGCAAGGCAAAAAGGCGUACAAAGGCCGAGAAGACCGUUAGUUUGCAGGUUCUUCGACAGUACUUCGCUGGUAGCCUGAAAGAUGCAGCAAGGAGCCUUGGAGUGUGCCCUACGACCCUCAAAAGAAUAUGCAGGCAGCAUGGUAUAACCCGCUGGCCAUCGCGAAAGAUCAAGAAGGUAGACCACUCUCUAAGAAAGCUUCAACAGAUCAUUGAUUCGGUUCAUGGAGCAGAGACAGCUUUCCAGCUAAACACCCUGUACAAGGAUCUCACAAACACCUCAAUAUCGUCUGACAACAAUUUGUCAGGAAGUGUCAUGGUUCCUCCAACUAACCAGAGCAAUCUCACUGACUUCAACAAGCACCAACCCCACAAGUCAAGUAGCAAUGUGCCAUCAACUUCACACUCACACUCUUCUUGCAGCCACAGUUCUAAGUCAAGCCCCUCAUGUAGCGGUGGUGCAACAAAACAUGCACAACAGGGUAUAAUUGAUCUGAUUAAGUCAAAAAAUCCUGUGAAAGACAGCUCUAUUCAGACUCUGCAAACAGAAAACCCUUCAUUAUAUGAGCAUUUCUCAGUUCAUGAGGCUCCAAUUGAUCUUCUACAGGAUGUUACUGAAAAGGCUAAUGGUGGACAUCAUUCUUCUCCAAGCCCGUCAUCCCACAAUCCUAAGCAGAACACAGACGCAAAUAUGAGAGUAAAGGCAACAUUUGGCUCAGAAAAGGUGAGAUUCAGACUGAAUCCAGAGUGCAAUUUUCAAGAACUGAAGCAUGAGAUAGCAAAACGUUUGAGUAUAGUAGACACAAACCCCUUGGUUUUAAAGUACUUGGAUGAUGAUUCAGAAUGGGUCUUGAUGACAUGUGAUGCAGAUCUACAGGAGUGCCUUCAUGUAUACAAACUAGCAGAUAUCCAAACAAUCAAAAUUUCAGUUCAUUUAGCUAUUAGUCCAGCUACAAGGGUCACAACUGGUCACACUGGUUUGUCAUGACAACAGUAUGAGCCUCACCACCUUGUGAGGUUUAAUCAGAAUUCAACCUAGAUCACUUGGUUUUAUGCAGAGGAAACCAAGAUUCCAGGAAUCCAGGGUUGAUAGCCUGUGCAAUGUACUAUGUGUCACCACGUCCCAGUUCUGCUGUUAGAUCGAUUAGUCUUUGAUCUGUUGCUCAGGUUAGGAACUGAUGAUCAAACAAGAGUACUUGCCCACGGGAAAGUCAAUUCUAGGAAUUAGGAUAAACCGAAGUAAGCAUGCAUUGCUUGUAAAUACUCACUGAUGAACCUGAAUCUCUGAAUGACAAUGCAAUUGAUUGAAUUAAUAGGGUGAUAGGGUGAAGCAUAUCUACAAAUCAGAUUUGCUCCAACUCCAAGUAUGUUUUGGUUCUUGGAUUACUGAUGUGCAACAAUCCUUGAUGGCUUCUUUCUGAUAAUUGAUCAGCCACAAUGGUCCCUUAAGGUCACAGCAUUCCUUCAUCGCCUGAGUGACCAACUUGAUCUGUUCAAUGGACAUGAAAUUCUGCUUCUGAAAUUGCAAUUUUCUGCAGCAAGGAUUAGAUCUAGAAAUAGGAUGAUAGGAAAAUUAGUUUGUUGAAUUUGUUUGUCCUUUGGAAAAAUAAAGAAAACAUUGUAUGGUACACUACAUUAUGGGCCUCUUUGAAAGAAUGUCUGCUGCUGUAGACAUUAUAGAUUGUUUUCCUUUUAAGAAGCUCCCAUUUGUGAACCACUUGGUAUGUCAAUUGCCAAGAAUCAAUAUAGAGAUUGGAUUAUGCCACUAUUCUAAUAA